AAAGUGCUUGCCCCAGAAAUUGGCAAUCAGGGUGGUGGAGACUCGGCCUCUCAGUACGAGAACAAGUUCAACUCAGAAAAAGCUGGCAAAGAAAUUGCUGAAGCACUCACCCAAGAUAAUGCUGUAACAUCUCAUCAGAAAUUGGUACAAGAAGAAGUGGCUACUGAAGGACAAAAUGAAUUGGAAAUCACUUCAGAAGUCAAUGAUAUUCACAAUCAGAAACAACUUCCCGGGGUUUAUGAUCCAAAUACUUAUGAGAGUACAGAGGCCUUCAAUGAAAAAUCUUCGCUUGAAAUUGAUAAUACACUUUCAGAAAGAUCUACAUCUCCUUUCCCUAUGACGAAAAUUCAAGGGUUGUAUGAAAGUUUGGUGCAAGCAGAUGAUGGAUUUGAUACAGGCAAGACUACUGCAUGGAUGAAG